GGAACUCAUUUCUGUAUCAGAAUAACGUUAAAGGUUCCUCAGCUAUGUCUCUUCCUUUUCUAAGCUAUUCUCUUCAACUCACAUCUCCUCAAAUUCUUUUGACUAACGUUACUCCCACAAACCAAAUUAAAAUCAACCAGAAAAAAACAUGCACACUCACCAGUCACCAAACCACGUCUCCAUCUCCUCUGCAGUUCCGCCCUGACGGGUCAAACAGAAGGAGGAGAGGUUCUGCUAAAUAAUUGAACUGAUGUCAACAAAGAAACUUCCUUGGUUUGACAUUUUUGCUAAGCCCUGUUUCUAUGACAACUCAAGUGUUCAUGAGCUACCUUAUGACCACUCCAUCCUUCUAGAGAAUCUGAUAGAUCCGGCUCAUCUCCCUAUCUCUCAUGACAGAACAGACUUCAGUGCUAAAAGAGAAGAUGCCAAGCCGCUGGUUUUUGAUGUUACAGAGCGUACCAACCGUGGUUUCGCUGGGACUUGGGGACAAGAAAAAGAUGGAAAAGGGAGUAAUGUACUACGUUUUGAUGCUACAUGUGUUCUGCAGAACAUUCGAGAGUUGUGGGAAAGGACGGGGAGUUACCUCUAUGGUUCUGGCAUGAGAAUUCCUGCAAGGUAUUUGAAGAGGACAUGGGGGUUUCUAUCGUCUCAAAACGAGGUUUUGAUGAAAAAGAAAGUACCAACUAAGGAGUUAUAUAUAAACCUUAAGUCAUCAGACACAUGGGUCGCUGAAUAUAGAAAGUGGAUAGACAAAGUUGGUCAUGGCAUGCCUUACCAUUUCGGUCAUAGGACAAUCUCUCCUCUCCCUAAGCUCCCUCCCGUGGUGGAACACGCUCCUGCAGGGCUCAUUGCAGGUCUCUCAGCUUCUUACCCUGCAAAAGGUGGAAUUGGUACUAUGCACGCUCCCAAUUUGGCUAACCGGUACUUCAGACAUGUGAUCCACUGUAGAAGCUGCAUCAAAGUGAUCAAAUCUUUUCAACUCUGGAAAAAUGUCCUCUCUGGCACAGCCGUGGCCUUCACAGCUUUGGCUAUUCUGGUGGUUAGUAGACAGUGGAAGGCUGUACUAUUAGCUCCAGCAGCGUUGUGCUCAGCCGCAGCUUAUGCUAGCUUAAGAGCUAUACAACUGAACACCAAUAACUUCAUUAGAAAACACAGAAGACUAUGA